AUGUACAUCUUUCUUCUGGGACAGAUACUCAACGGUGUCGGAGGCGCAACGCUCUACACAGUAGGAUUUGCCUGCAUAGAUGAUAAUGUCUCCCACAAGCGUUCUCCUGUAUAUAUUUCUAUAUUAUUGUGCCUUACGAUGGUUGGGGUAGCAGUAGGAUACACCGCGGGGGGCAAGUUGCUUGAUUUCCACGUCGACUUUUUACACAUCGAUUCUAGCAGACAUGUUUUUCUUUUCAUCCGGGAUAUCUUUCCUCUUCUCUUCUCGGUACAGCGUCAUCGUUAUUUACCUUGCGUUUUUGCUCGACCCCUUCCACCUUCAAAGCCUACCAUCAUUUCCUUCCUUCCUUCCUUCCUUCCUAUUUGUCUUUCUUCACAUUUUCAUUCCCCCUCUUUCUGUUUCCCUGUCUCUUUCUCUCAUGACCUCUCUAUUAUUUUCUGUCUCUUUUUCUUUCAUUCUUUAUCUCCCGCUUUCAAGAUCGGACCCAGUUUCGGACAACUAGAAACCUGUUAUUAUUGA